UUGAAUUUAGAAUCGCCAAAUUCAAACAUGGGUAGCGGGCUCAGUAGCGCCACCAGCCGAAAGUGGUCGGAGCGGAAGGAGGCGCCGCCAAACGCGGAGUCUUCUCGGGUGCUUUUCCUGUUGUACCUCAUCCAUAGGACUUGGAAUGUGGUGGUUGAGCACGUUGACUCAAAGAGCGCGAGAUGGCGCGGGUCCCACACGGUGCCCAGCUCUGGGGAAGGCCUGGACGGGCGGUACGACUCCGUCAGCCUGGCCGAUUCCGACCUGGGCUCCUGCUACUCCAGUUGCAGCUGCAGCUACUGCCGCCUGAGGGAGUGUGCACAGGACUGUGUCAGUGAACUAACACUACUGGAAGGCAUGGCCAAAUGCGGCGGGUGGAAUGAGGAGCCCGUCUCAAAAGAUAAACAGCGUCCACCGAUCUAUAACCCGGAAGACUACGCUACUUCCCUGAAGAAAUGGGGAAAGAAGACUGGUGCGGGGGCGUUGUACGAGGCCGACCCAGGGCAGGACCCGAACAAGGCCAGGACUCUCCCCAGCCAGGGCAGCAAGGACUUCAGAAACCCAUGUCUCGGCAUCGGCGAAGAGAUGACACUGCGUCAGUUUGGCUCAGCCAGCGAACUUCUCACCAAGCUUCGCGCUGAUCUUCGGCUUUCCUUUCCCAGUUUUGUUCAAGAGUUUUCCUGCGAGCCGCUAGAUGGCGUAACUUUACUACUGGAACUCUUGCGCAACGUGCAACUCAGCCAAUCGGGAGAGGGUGCGCGUGGACCGCCCGCAGUCAGACGAAGACCAUUGUUGGACGAGCUGGCUUGUUUGCAAUGCCUGUGGAGUUGCUGCAGUAGGUACCCUGACUGCGUGAGGAGGUUGGUGGCGGGUUCCAACGGUGUGUACACACUGACAGCGUGCAUCAUGUCUACUGUCAACAAAUCUAGGAUACUUGCGUUACAGCUCCUCACAAAGGCUUGCUACCCACCAGCCAACGGGCACAGUACAGUCUCCGAAUCGCUUUCCACCCUUCGACUGCGAUAUGGAGAACCAGUUCGCUUCAGAUUCCUCGUGGGAAUGCUUCAAAGCGUAGGAGGAUCUGGAGACCUACAGUCUGCCGGUCUUGGGUUCAUCAACGCCUUACUAAUCAGCGCACCAACUCCCCAGAGAAAAUUGUAUAUCCAAGCUGAGUUGGAACAGGCCGGAUUUGACAUUAUCACAUUGAAAAAAAUGAUCAACAAAUUGCCAAACAAAAAUGAACAAGUGGCAACGGAAAUAGAAAAAUAUGAAAAACAACUAAUUGACAUCGAUACUUUAAGUGAGAAGGCAAACGAAGCGCUAAAAGAGAAGGAUGACCUUAGACACAAAUUAGAAUUGCUGGAGAAAAGAGUUAAGAUAUUGCAAGAGGAAAAGGGUAUUUUACUGUCCUUAGAGAAAUGCCUCAAAGAGAAAUGCUGCGAGUUACAAGAAGAGGUUUCAUCACUGAGAUCUGAACAUGGGAAUUCCAAUAGAAAGAAGUCAUUUGGAAUGAAGAAAAAAAACUCAGUUCACCAAAAUAGAGAUGAAUCAUCUCCUCCAGAAGAUGAAGGUAUAAGUUCCUCGGAGAGAUCAUUGAGUCCUGAAGGUGACACGCAGCGCGAUUCUAUGGUAUAUGAAGUAUUCAAAAAUGAAACAUAUGAUCUUAUUCGAAACAAAAGGCCUUUACAUAGAAAGUUAGAGUCCACUAAAAAGAAUAAUGACCACAAAAAAUCAUCCGAUGAAGAAGAUGAAACAACCAUUGAUGAAGUAAUUCAAGAGCUUAGAAAUAUAGUUAAUCAUGCAGAAACAGAACAGUUCAAGAAAGACGAAGAAGUAUAUGCUGAUGACCGUUCCUCGAGGUGCAAUCAAACUUCAGAAAUCAACGUUCCAGUGAAAACCUUAGAAUGCAAGAAACAUAAGGAUAUUGAAAAAGAAGACUCUAUCACAAGCACAAGACACAGCAUCCAAAUCACUAGCAGUGGUGAAUUUGCACACGAGAGUACUGAAGACGAUGAAGAGACUGCAAUAGUACCGAGUAAAAUUCUGCCUCAUCCACCAAGAAAAGCGAAGAGCUUAAUUCACUUAUUCAACCCACCGGCUGAACAAGGACUGUUGUGCAAACCAGCAGAUUUAUAUGAUGAUAACUUUUAUUCAAGUGACGAAGAAUCUGAUUCACUAUUGAGUGCAUCACGUUGCCAAAACCAACUCACUAAAAAACCUUCUGGCUCAAGUUUUGACUUCCGUGAAUGUCGUGCAAUAUUCAACUCUUUGGCUGAAAAUAAUAAAACUGAUCCAAGUAGAGGAAAACGUCAAAGGACCAGAUCUAGAGAUGAAACAAGAAAACCAUCUAUCAAGCGAAGCGAAUCUUUUCAAACGUCUGAAAAAGGUUCACGUCAGCGUGAAUAUAUUGAUAGCAUGUUCUAUAAUGAAACCCUUAACUCUGUCGGUUCGGCUGGACUUCAACGCUCUAAUUCAAAAUGCAGCCGAGUAGAUGAAAUAGUUAACUUAAUUGAAUCUAAAAAGCUAACGAAAAGUUUGGAUAGAAUCGAUGAAGGCCUUAAUUCGAUGGUAGAUAUUGUGAUGCUCGCUGAACCCAAAAAACCAUCUUGGCCUUACGAGAGAAGGCAAAGAUCUUGUUCAAGAACCAGCAGUGACGCUGGGAAAGAAACUCCUCUGGUCCCAGUCACGAGAUCGAAUAGCAGGCUCAACAGUUUCUAUCAGAGAUUUGAUACUCGAUCGUCCAGUAACAAAGGCAAAGAUGACACCCCGAAAAUGGAUCCAUCACAAAAAUAUUUCUUACCUCAUUCGAAACUAAGCACCGGUUCUUUCGAUAACCAUAAUGCAUCAUAUAACGGUACUUUUCUGGUAAAACGUGGACACAGCAAUGCGGGCUUUUACUCCGGCAAUAAUAUAAUGAGGGAUGCACCCGCUAGUAUGACAAGUCUUGUAAUGACAGGGACUCAUAGUCACGCUGAUUUGAAAAGAACCCUAUCCCCGAUAGGUUCAUCUAGUAAUUUCGGGCUUCACAAAGUAACAGACAUGCCUUCAGGACUAUAUUGAUAAGCUCCUUACAUAUUAUUUAAUGUAAACCAACGACUAAUUUAAGGAAUUGUACCUAACUACAUUGACUAGUGCAAUAACCCACCAACCCGCAUUGGGCCAGCGUGGUGGGUUCAAGGCCCCGUCUCCCCGUGUAUAAAGGGGCUGGUCUGUGCCCAUCUGUGGGACUUUAUUUAGAUUGAUUAGUGCAAUAUUAAAUAUCUUCGAGGAUUAUGUUUGUAACAACCAGUUUUUAAAGAUGCUUAUUGCCGUUUCUCUAUAAUAUCUGAAUUAUAAACUUCUUUAAAAGCUGUUUGUAAUUAUUUAUGCGUGUUGAUUUAAGAUCUGUCGAAUUAUUAAAAGUAUCUUGGUAAUUUUGUACGUGAGCAAAAUUGGCUUAAGAUCACACCGUAUAGUUUUGAUUGCUGCCAGUUUUUGUUUUGGUUAUUUACUUUUUAUUUAGUUACAUUUCGUUUAUUUUUUAAUUUCUUUUAUUCAUUCUUAUUAUUUUAUGUGAAUUUUCGUUUUUCAUUGAAGUGUACUUUGUGCUUUAUUUUAUUUUUGUUUUUCUUCACGUCCGU